GGGAGAGCUCUUUAAAUAUGGAAAGGAGACGUGAAGACAGAAGUGCCGUUAACGGGCAGGAAAAGCGGUCCUCCUUUUUUAAGACUGUUCAGAGACUUUGAGUUAUGACUGACAGAGAGAUUUAUCUCAUCGUAGUUUGUAGAGCCAGUGAAAUACCGUUAGAUCCCGACAGAUAGAGCAGGAGCAGGUCGGACUGAGUAAACUUCGCCGAAGUGUCUGGCUCUUCCUCAGUAAGACUCUCAGUUCGGUUGUUGGCGGUUUGGCACAAUUUCGACUUUGAGAAUAGCGAGAGCGCGUUUAUUAUUAUUAUUUUUUAAAAUUUAUUUAUUUAUUUUACACUGACAGGACGGCUUGUGUUACUCUGAGACACCAUUACGCACUUCAGCACAUCGGGAAGAAGGAGGACACCCGAAAUGAGCGAUAAACACAAGGUGGACGAUGAGGCUGUGGUGGACAGAGGUGCCUCGUAUGUCAAAUACUGUGACAAGGAGGAGGUUGAGAGCCGUCACACAGUGUACAUUGGUGUCCACGUGCCCAAGAGUUACCAUCGCCGACGGAGACACAGAAGACGUUCAAGUCACAAAGAAAAGAAAGAACGAUUAACUGAAGGAGUAGGCGACAAAUCGGACACUGAGAAUGUGGACGACUCUUCCUCCAGCAUCCUCAAACCUCUCAUCUCUCCGGCAGCCGAGCGGAUCCGCUUUAUUCUGGGUGAGGAGGAAAGUGGCCCCCCGCCACCACAGUUAUUCACUGAGCUCGAUGAGCUGCUCACUACUGAUGGCAACGAGGUUGAGUGGAAGGAGACAGCCAGGUGGCUCAAGUUCGAGGAGAAGGUGGAAGAGGGUGGAGAGAGGUGGAGUAAGCCUCAUGUCGCCACUCUGUAUCUGCACUCACUGUUUGAGCUGAAGAAGUGCAUAGAGAAGGGCACUGUCAUGCUUGACAUGGAAGCUAACUCACUGCAGCAGAUUGUCGACAUGAUCACGGACACUCAGAUUGAGAUGGGGCUGUUGAAGGCUGAGUUGAAGGAGAAGGUUACAUACACGCUACUGCGUAAACACCGCCAUCAGACCAAGAAGUCCAACCUGCGCUCGUUGGCUGACAUUGGCCGAACUGUAUCGAGUGCAAGUAGGCUGUUUUCAAACCAAGAGAAUGCACGUAGUUCUGUUGACCACUCCAUGCCACGCUUUAGCAUCUCUGAAAUUGAAGGCCAAAUACAGAUGCAGAGAAGCAACAGCACGGGUCUGCUCCGUAGUCCAACUACAGUUCCCCACAACCUGACUUCCAGCAGCCUUAAUGACCUCUCCGAUAAGCCUGAGAAGGACCAGUUGAAUAAUAAGUUCAUGAAGAAGAUCCCACGGGAUGCGGAGGCAUCUAACAUCCUAGUGGGUGAAGUGGACUUCCUGGAUUCUCCUUUUGUGGCCUUUGUGCGGCUCCAGCAGGCCGUCAUACUUGCAGGGCUCACUGAAGUCCCUGUGCCUACAAGAUUUCUUUUUGUUCUCUUGGGACCCAAAGGAAAAGCCAGAUCAUACCACGAGAUUGGUCGAGCCAUUGCUACUUUAAUGUCAGAUGAGGUGUUUCAUGACAUUGCAUACAAGGCCAAAGAUCGGGGUGACCUGUUGGCUGGCAUCGAGGAAUUCCUUGACGAGGUCGUCGUGCUACCCCCAGGAGAGUGGGACCCUGACAUCCGGAUUGAGCCCCCAAAAACCUUACCAUCCUCAGACAAACGUAAGAACAACCUAGCAGGAGGAGCUGGGGGUGGAGAUGGAUCCAAGAUUAAUGGUGAUGCUCCCAUUGAAGGUGGUGCAGGAGGAGGUGGUGGAGGUCACCAUGUUGGAGACGAGCUCAAGUUCACUGGCAAGUUUUGUGGUGGUCUGAUUCUGGACGUUAAGCGAAAGCUGCCAUUCUUUGCGAGCGAUUUUUACGAUGCCCUGAACAUCCAGGCCUUAUCUGCUACUUUGUUUAUUUACCUGGGCACUGUAACCAAUGCCAUCACCUUUGGCGGCUUGCUUGGAGACGCCACAGAGAACAUGCAGGGUGUGUUAGAGAGUUUUGUGGGAACAGCAUUAGCAGGUGCAGUGUUCUGUCUGUUUGGUGGGCAGCCCCUCACCAUCCUCAGCAGUACAGGACCGGUGCUUGUCUUCGAGCGGCUGCUGUUCAACUUCAGCAAAGACCACGCAUUAGACUACCUGGAAUUCCGGCUGUGGAUUGGUCUGUGGUCAGGCUUCUUAUGUCUGGUGCUGGUGGCGACGGAUGCCAGCUUCCUUGUGCAGUACUUCACACGCUUCACAGAGGAAGGCUUUGCAGCUCUCAUCAGCUUUAUCUUCAUCUAUGACGCAUUCAAGAAAAUGCUGAAGCUUGCCCACCACUACCCCAUCGACACCAGCUACCACUGGGACAUGGUCACUCAGUAUGCCUGCCACUGCACGCCUCCCGAUGGCAACAGUUCUGUCCCAGAUGAAAAAAUUAAAGCUCUAUUCAACUCCACUGGACAGCAGCAUUGGAAUUCUACCUGGUCAUCGUUAACUCGGUCGGAGUGUUUGGAGUGGGGCGGAGUUCUGCAAGGAGGAUCCUGUGGCUUUGUUCCUGACAUCACACUAAUGUCGUUUAUCCUGUUCAUGGGCACCUACACCUGUUCCAUGGCCUUAAAGAAGUUCAAAACCAGCAGAUUCUUUCCCACCAUGGUACGUAAGCUGAUCAGUGACUUUGCAAUCAUUCUGGCCAUUCUGAUCUUCUGUGGGAUAGAUGCGCUGGUUGGUGUGGACACACCAAAACUAGAAGUGCCAAGUGAAUUUAAGCCUACAAGUCCAAACCGUGGCUGGUUUGUGCCCCCUUUUGGCGGAAACCCCUGGUGGGUGUACCUGGCCUCCUUCCUCCCUGCACUCCUCGUCACCAUCCUUAUCUUUAUGGACCAGCAGAUCACUGCCGUCAUCGUCAACAGGAAGGAGCACAAACUCAAGAAAGGUGCCGGCUACCAUUUGGACCUGUUCUGGGUGGCUGUGCUGAUGAUCGUGUGCUCAUUCAUGGGCCUGCCGUGGUACGUGGCGGCCACCGUCAUCUCCAUUGCCCACAUUGACUCACUUAAGAUGGAGACAGAGACAUCAGCACCAGGCGAACAGCCCAAAUUCCUCGGAGUCAGGGAGCAGAGAGUAACUGGAGUGAGUGUCUUCCUCCUCACUGGCCUAUCAGUCUUCAUGGCACCUGUUCUUAAGUUUAUUCCCAUGCCAGUGCUCUAUGGUGUCUUCCUCUAUAUGGGAGUAGCAUCUCUAAAUGGAGUGCAGUUCAUGGAUCGCUUGAAGCUGUUUCUGAUGCCACCGAAACACCAGCCAGAUCUGAUCUACUUGCGCCACGUACCCCUCCGCCGAGUUCACCUGUUCACCUUCAUCCAGAUCCUUUGUCUCGCCCUGCUUUGGAUCCUGAAGUCCACUGUGGCAGCCAUAAUCUUCCCAGUCAUGAUUUUGGCCCUGGUGGCUGUGAGGAAGGCAAUGGAUUACAUUUUCUCUCAGCACGAUCUUGGCUACCUGGAUGACGUUAUGCCAGAGAAAGACAAGAAGAAGAAAGAGGAUGAAAAAAAGAAGAAAAAGAAGAAGGGCAGCAUUGACAGUGACAUAAACUAUGAAAUAAGCCCAUGUCAUUCCUCACUCCAUACUGAUACAUUGAGUUUUUUUCCUUCCAAGCCUGUGUCAAGUCAAGAUUUAAGCCCAUUUAAGAAGUCUGUACCUCUAAACAGAGCUGAUGUUGACCCUAAACUCAACAGAUUUUUCUGGAAAGCUCGGAUGAAACAGCCCUUUAGCUCUCAUGAUCUGUACACUAGCUAGCAUGCAAAGUCCCAGGCCAGAUAGUAUAGUUGUAUACAAAUACAAUUGUACAAUGAGCUAUAGCUUAUUUAUCUCAUUUAAUAGGAUUAGAAGUAAAAUGAAAAUAUGAAAUAAUAUGAAAAUAGAUAUUGUACAUACAUGCUUGGCAGUUAGAUGCAUGUGUGUGUAGAAAAAAUUCUACAGAUAGAUGACUUUGAUCCGAACAGAAUGUAAAGGUUAAAAACUUACACAGUUACACACUCAUAGCAUUUCUUUAACAAGCUCCCAGCUUCCAUCUAGUCUUUUUCUUAAUUAGUUAUCCAUCAGACAUCAAUAUACUGUAUCUCAUAUCAAUCUUUUUGUCCAUUAGAUUUCAAUCAGUAUCAGUAACUCACUGAAUACAAAGAGUAUGAGGAAAUGCAAUGGUAUUGCUGGACCUAAAACUCACUGUGACUGUAAGCAGGAAAUAUUUUGUAAUCUAGAUAAAACACUUCUCUAAAUAUAUGAACAAUACUGUAAAUAUUUAAAAAUAAAUCAGUUACAGAUUAAGGUUUGAAAGGAGUUAACAAUUGUAUAAUUUUGCAGAGUGGUCUUCAUAUGAAGGCAAGUGUAAAGCAAAGGAUUUUGUAUUUGAUAUUAAACUUACUACCUAAUAUUAUUUAAUAUUUUAUUCUCUGUAAAUGAGUCUUAAAUUUGUGCAGAAACCCUUAUCUUUUAGCCCAAAUAGCUAAUCUAAAUGAGCAAAUUAGAUCAAAUAUAUGAAUAAACAAAUAUUAUAAAUAAUAGAAAGAAGCAUCAGUUCUGAAACCAAAAUACAUUUCAUUAUCUUAUCUGUUUUGCUGAACCAAUGCUGCACACAUGUGAAGUUUUUACUUAUACUUUACUGAUUACUUAAUUUUAUUACAUUUAACCUUGAAUCAUAGCUCUACCUCUUAGAACGCUGUAGUGCCAGGCACUGUGUGUUUGAUCUAUGCAGGUAUGGAGUGAUUGGGAUAAAAUAUUGUUCUUGUAAGAGUGGGCACAACAGAGAUCGCUGUCAUUUUAUUAUGAAUUAUAAUCAUCUUCCAUAAACUAUGCAAAACACAGUCUGUGUCUUUCUAAGUAAAUUGUCUUGAAGAGAUUAAAAUGUGAUUUUAUUAAGUGUACUUUCAGUAUCAUCUGUGCAAAUAUAUUUUUAUUGUACUUCAUUUUUUAACAACGAGCUUGUGAUUUAUCUAGCAAAUAGUCUUUUAUACAUAUGUAGGUAAUGUUGCUAAAUGUGGAAAAUAGAUUUCUAUCAGCAAUUGACAAUAAAUGGAAAUCGCUUAAAAUAAAAUUUCAAAUUAAUUUAUUCAUUCAACCCAAAAUUGCUGGGUAAACUCUAGAGACUGUUGUGUGGGAAAAUCCCAGGAAUCAUCAGCAGUUUCUGACUAUUCAAACCAGCCUGUCCAGCACCAACAACCACGACACGGUCAGAGUCACUGAGAUCACAUAUUUCCCCAUUCUGAUGUUUGGUGGACUGAAGCUCUUGUAUCUGUGUAUCUGCUGCUUUGAUGCAUUCUGCUGCCACAUGACUGGCUUGUCAUGAUUGGAUAAUUAUAUGAAUGAGCAGGCGUACAAGCAUUCCUAUUAAAGUGGCCAGUCCGUAAGAUAUAAAUCAAUAUCAGUAAUUAAAGUCUUUUUAUCCAUUAAAUUUCAGUAACUCAUUCAAAAAGAUACAGUAUGAGAACAUGCAACAUUAUUUUUUAAAAAUGCAAUGCUAAUGCCCACUGUGUCUGAGUGUGAGCAGUUUCAAUCAGGUUUGAGUCAGAAACUUUAAGCCAGGUUUUAUGAAGUCUUUUGCAUCUGCAUUUGAAAUAGAGGAAUCUAAAUGAACAAAUCAGAUAAAAUAUUUUAAUAAGAAAAAACAUGUUAAAUGUUAAUGAUAGACUAUCAGUUGUAAAACAGAGGCUAUGUUUUAUAACCUUUUAGAAGUGCACACACUGUUAUAUAUCAUGCAGGAGGGAAUAUAUAGAUAAAAACCUUCCAGCACAUUUUAGAUUAAAUUAUGACCCAUCGACAGACACUAUGGAUUGAAUGUAAAGAAAUGCAGAAUGUGAGUAAAAAUGAUGGUUCUCUUCCAUUCCCUGGAUGUUUCAUCUGUAUAUUUUUGAAAUUGUUAAAAACGUUUUCACCUAAUGGAACUAAUGGAAGUGUAUUAUGUUUUCCAAUGGGACAAAUUCUCUUAAAUCUUGCUGAGUCUUUAUUUGCUCAUUUCUUUGCUUUCUGAUAUUCUGGCAUUAUUCUGGCUAUUUAUAAUGAGCUCAAUUCCCUAAAAGAGCUACACUUAAGAAAGAGUUGCACUCUUCUACACACUGUACAAUAGAUCAGUGAUAAUUAAUAAUUGAUUUAUAAUCAGAGGAUGACGUUUAUUAUGAAUACUAUUAGAGAUGUUUUACAAUCAGUUGCUGUGUGAAUUGUGUAUGUUUUACCUACCCAAUAAGUCAUUAUGACUUUUUUAAGGACGCCUACACUACAUAUGAUGCUAUAUUGUAUUUUCACCAUGACGUGAAACAUGGAAAAUAAAGUGAUUUUGAACACUG